UUUGUAAAUGAAUAAACACAAGUGGCGCUAACGGCUAAUCUGGUGCGGGAUACCGCCGGUUACGUGCGGGUGUGCGGGGCGUACCCCGCCUCAUACUCCCAUCUCAACCAGUCGCGGACUAUAGGUACAUAUUAUAAGUCGCGAAUAUCAAGAGUCCAAGUCAUCAGCCAGUCCAGUCCAAGUUACUGCGACAUCAGCACACCAUGUCGUGCCUGAGCAGCCCAUGCCCGAUGAGUCAGGGUGCAGCUGGAAGCACCUUCGCGAGUCUGGUGACGCACAUGCUCGCUGCUCAGUGUCUUAUCACUGAACCCUGGCCUGACGACCAUAGUCAUCGUGUUCAAGAUGGAGAUACGUUUGACUUUAUCAUCGUGGGUGCAGGAACAGCUGGUUCGAUCCUCGCGCAUCGACUCACGGAAGUUCCACACUGGAAAGUGUUGCUGAUUGAAGCUGGUGGUGACCCUCCAAUUGAAAGCAUUAUUCCAAAUUUUUCGGGAGCCACACACAGAAGUGACCAAGUGUGGCAGUAUUUCACUGAAAGAGACGAUUCAACAAAUAGAGGCUGCACUGAUGGAAAAUCAUUCUGGCCAAGAGGAAGAAUGCUGGGAGGCACUGGCUCUAUCAACGGACUUCUUCAUAUGAAGGGAAGUCCUGGGGAUUACAAACCUUGGCAUAUCACUGAUGGUGACGGAUGGGACUGGUCGUCGAUCCGCAAGUCGUUUAUGAAAAGUGAAAAAAUGAUUGAUCCUUUCAUCCUGAACGAUCCAGAUUUGAGGAAAAAUCAUGGUACCAACGGCGAGUUCAUUAUUGACAAAUUAAACUUUACAUAUACCGAAAUAGUUGAUAAGCUUUUAGAGGCAUAUUCUGAAAUGGGUCUCCUGUAUUUGGACGAUUUAAAUGGACCCACACAGAUGGGCGUUGGAAAGAUAAGAGGAAGUAAUUAUAAAGGUAGAAGAGUAAGUACUGCAACUAGUUUUUUAAAUUCAGCAAAAGAUCGCGCAAACUUAUACCUUCUAAAGAAUACAUUUGCUAAUAAAAUUGUAUUCGAGAAUUUAAAAGCUAUAGGUAUUGAAGUUAAGAGAUCUAAUGGUCAUAUAAAUACAUUUCAUGCCUCAAAAGACGUGAUUGUAAGUGCAGGUGCAGUGAAUUCUCCUGUUUUAUUAAUGCUAUCAGGUAUAGGACCAAAGAAACACUUAGAAGAAUUAGACGUCGAUGUCAUAGUAGAUUUACCCGUUGGUGAAAAUUUACAAGAUCACGUACGAAUCCCAGUUCCAGUAACGUUGAAUACAGGAGCGGCGCAACAAACCGAGGAUUACUGGCACAAAGCAGUGGCGCAAUAUUUGCUCGAACAGACAGGACCACACAGCACUAAUUACGAUCAGCCUAACAUUAACGCUUUUAUUUCAGUACCAGAUGGUAAAACACUUCCUGACGUGCAAAUAGACCAUAACUAUUUUGUUCCUAACACCUCAUAUGUUUAUUCAACUUGUAGAAACAUCAUGUCAUUUACGGAUGAAAUUUGUAAACAAUUUGCAGAAAUGAACUCAGAGAGUGAAAUGAUAAUAUUCUUUGUAUCACUAUGUAGACCAUUCUCACGAGGAAAAAUACUGUUACGUUCAAGAAAUCCUGCUGACCAUCCAAAAAUCUUUUCAAAAUAUUUCAGUGAUAAGCGUGAUAUGGAUAUAUUUAUUAAAAAUCUUAAACGUAUUACACAAAUAGUAGAUACAGAUGUAUUUAGAAAUGCAAAAGCGAAACUUGAAAGAGUUAAAUAUAAAGAUUGUGAUGGGCAUAGCUUUGCUAGUGAUAGUUAUUGGGAAUGUAUGGCAAGGACGUUGACUUAUAAUGUAUACCAUCCGGUAGGUACGGUUAAAAUGGGAAAAGCAGAUGAUCCGACAAGUGUAGUAGACAGUAAGCUAAAGGUGUUAGGUUUGAAAGGUGUAAGAGUGGUAGAUGCUAGUGUUAUGCCUACUAUAACGAGUGUUAAUACGAACGCACCUACAAUGAUGAUUGCUGAACGUGGUGCAGAUUUCAUUAAAUCGGAAUACAAAAUCUCAGUAAGGGAUGAAUUUUAAGAGAUCAGAUCUAAGGUUAUUUUGCUAUGACG